CAGCAGCAGGGUUUAUUAUGUAGUUAGUGAAACUGCAGCAGAGCAGUGUCAAUGUAAUCUAGCUACCUGGCUUGUUUGUAUUAAAUUAGUUUUUUUUUUGGACGGGGUGUCCCUUUAAGAGCCUCUCUGGCUGUGUCCGUUCGCCUUUUUUAGCCAGGUGCCUAAUUACGCACGGAGCUCCCGGCGGCCGCUCUGCUGCCCGGCCUCCCCCUGCCUGCUAGCGCUCAGUGGUUCGCUCCAGUCGGCGCUCUGCUGCUGUUCAUCACCGCCCCACUGGCCGGCGCGCAGUCGGAGCUUCAGCCCGGUUACCGAGCGCACACUGAGCCUCUCCGCCUGCCCGCUCUUCUCCUCUCGCUUCAGCCUCUUUGAGCGUUUUUGCCUCCUCCCUUGGUAGGUUCCAUUCCAGAGGCCUGUACUACGAAGCAAGUUCAACAAACCAAGGAUAUCUUUUCGUCAUCUGGCUUCACCAACCCAACAACCGCGAUCUCGCAAAGCGGUCACACAACGCUGGUUAUCCACUCGAUCCCCAUCUCUCUGCGUUUCUCCCUCCCAUUCCAUCCAUUUGUCAGUCGCCUGCUUCGCCCGUCUCUGCAGCAUGUCGCUGAAAGUCCAGACCAGUAAUGUGACCAACAAGACAGAUCCAAAGUCCAUCAACUCCAGGGUGUUUAUUGGCAACCUGAACACAGCGGUGGUGAAGAAGUCGGACGUGGAGAGCAUCUUCUCCAAGUAUGGCCGGGUGCUGGGCUGCUCUGUGCACAAGGGCUACGCUUUCGUCCAGUACGCCAGUGAAAGGCACGCAAGGGGGGCCGUAAUCGGGGAGAACGGCAGGGUGCUGGCCGGACAGACGCUGGAUCUUAACAUGGCAGGAGAACCGAGGCCAAACAGACCCAAAGGCCUGAAGCGAUCAGCAGCUUCUCUCUACAGUGGCUAUGAGUUUGACUAUGAUUACUACAGAGAAGACUUCUAUGACAGGUUGUUUGAGUACCGUGGCAGGGUGUCUCCAGUCCCUCGGGUGGUGCCCGUCAAACGCCCUAGGGUGGCGGUGCCCCUGGUACGACGGGUCAAAUCUCUGCCAGUCAAAUUGCUGGCACGUAACGCCUCUGUCCUCCCCACCAGCAACGGCAACAAACAGAGAUCAGUGAAAGGUACAGAGCUUCAGGCGAUCAAGUCAGAGUUGACUCAGAUCAAAGCCAACAUCGAAGCUUUGCUGGGCAGACUGGAACAGAUCACAGAAGACACACACAUCACCGCCACAGAGCUGAGGAAGGCAGAGCAGUGUAAGAGCGAGGAGGCGUGGCAGGAAGGGGAGGAGUCGAGCUCAGAGCUGGAGGACGAGGAGGAGCACAGACAGAACAGCGAAGCUGAAGAGGAGGAGGAGGAGGAGGAGGAAGACGAGGAAGAGGAGGAGCGAGAUCACACGCAGGAUGGCACCCACAACCAUAUGCCGGAGAACAGUCGCCUAUCAUCAGAGAUGGACUCCAUUCACCCUUGAGAGGUAGUGCGGACUGUGGAGGAAGAGACAGACAGACAGACAGACAGAGAGGGGGAGACAGAGAGAGCGCCAUGGACAGACAGAGAACUGGAUAACAGCACAGGAAGGCCAUCAAACAGCAGGGAGCCAGACACAGACACACUCACACACACACAACAGUUAAAACACACAGCAGAGAGACAAACUUGACACUUUGUCAGAGCCACAGGAAGAUACUAAAACAGCAGGGUACUGCCAGAACACACCAUAAACUGAUGAGUUACACACAGUAACACACACACACACAGAAGAAAAAACACACAGCGAUGGAGACAGACUCGAUGCUGCGUCAGAGCCACAGGGAGAUAGUAAAACAGCAGGCUGCUGUCAGAACGCAUCUUAAACCGACGGGUUUUCUACACACACACACACACACACACACACACACACACACACACAGAAGAGCUCUGCAGUUGACAGCAGCCAUGUUUGGGAAAGAUGGAGCUCAUCAGAUCAUCAUCUGCUGCUUCACAGGACUUUAAACAAUACAACUGAAUGGGGCGACAUACUGAGGCAGAGCUGGUUGUUGAUUGUUGACCUUGUUAGUGCAAAUUAUUUUGAAAUUAAAAUAACAAUCAAAUCCCAAAAGAAAAGUGGCAAUGCACUGUAGGGCUGAGUUCAUGAUACAAAUGUUUAAUGGGAAAUCUUUUAGUUUUUUGUUACAUAAUUUCCAAGAAAUCCCUUGGAAAUAACUAAUUUGUUCAACUGAUACACUUCCAGUUAAUUCAUUAUAUAAUAGCACAACCAGGGUGUCUAUUAGUCGACACACAGCAGCUCAGAUGAACGUGCAAAAAUGUAAAUGUAAUUCAAUACACUGUUUAUGGAGAGUUUCCACAAAUGAAUAAAUAUUUAUUUGGGUUUAAAUUCAGCUGCUCUUUUAAAGAAAAUUCCCUUUUCAGUAAGAUUGUGAAAAUUUGCUAAAGGCCUUAAAAACACCAGUUAUUAAUAUUUUUACCUCCACACAUUUGUCUCUCUGGCUCCAACUCCUAUGAAAUGUGAACACAUACACCAAGAAAUGAAAAGGAGGGAUAUAUAUAUUCCACUGUUAUGCACUACCUUCUGAAAAAUUCUUGAAGUGUAAGUCCCAAACUUUAGUGAGCACAUUUUAUUCAUUUGUAAGUACAAUCUACCACCACAGAACUAUUUCACUUAAAGUUAAUACAUCUGUUGAAUUAUUGCCCAGCUCUAAUGAAGGGUAUUAAACUACAGAUAACUGUAACUUAUCCAAACAAACAGUCUUUCAAUGGAAAUAAUAAUAAAAAUCCCAUUGUUCACAUGAUGUAUACUAGUUAUUAAUAACAGAUACAAGGGACUGUUCAUUCGUUAUCAAGUAAUGAUCACAUGUUUAAGCUGGAAUGUGACGCUAUCACUUCAUAAUCUUUGUCAACCGUGGGCUCAGCACCCUAUAUUUUAAAAGGAGGGGUCACAUUGGAUUUUUACAAUGUUAAUUUGGUGUGAGAAACUAUUAUUAUAAGUUUGGGAAUUCAACAUGGAGUCAGGGGUUAGAAAAAUAGAAAAAAUUAAAUAUAAACAAGUUUUAUUACUUAUUACAAACACAUGUUCACAUGUUUAUUAUCAUAAAGUUAUAUUAUCAGAGUGGUUUGUUUCUUCACAUGCAUACUUAUGUGUUUGAGUUUAUAGUGAGUUAUGAACAAAUAACACAUGGGGUUUUAUUACACAUGAAUAUACCUGACAUUAAAAGGAUCCAAAUCGACAAUAAAAAAAGAUCAAACUUGGAAUUAUGAGGCUUUUAUACAAAUAUAACAAUAACCCAAAUAUAUUACAUGGUGACUUCACCAUGCUGAGCCCCAUACAGUGGUCUGAAAAAUAUGUCUUUGUUAAGAGUAAGAAUCAAUUGCGGCCAAAGGAACCUCACAAAAAGCCGAUGUCUGAUGUUUUUCUUAUUAUUUCAAAAGCUGUUGUUUGAAUUGUUACUCUUAUAGACAUAUAUAGAAAGGUUGUGAAAUGAAAUUUGCUCACUACCAGAAACCAUUACUCCACACUGGCUACAGUCAUAUGCACAGUAAAGACUGAGGUUUUGCAUCGUUAAAUCCAUUAACUACAAACCGCUAUUCAAUACAAUUUCUGUCAUUGCAGGCAGCCACUAGUUUCAGUCUAUUUCAGUGGCUUUGAGUAAUAAAUCAUAGUAUAUAGAGGUUUUUGGUUUUAUGUCAAAGUUGCAUUAUGGUUGAGCGUCACUGUUCACCUGGCAGACCCACUGUCAAUGUAAGCUCCACUCACUACCUUUUUUUCAGCGCUUUCUUGAUGAAUAUUGUAAAAUGUGGUUCAUGAUCUGGAAGAAUCUAGUACAGACAUUAACGUUGUGUGACUUUCAAACUCUCCUUCUUGGCAAAUUGAAAUGCUGAUUACAGUGAUGACUGUUUGUAUCAUGAAAAUGUGAAUUUGGCCUUUUUUGUGUUUAAUAAAGUUGCUGUUUAGCACCUAUGGCCCCCAAACGGUCCGUAAAAAUAUGAUUUCAACCCAGAAGUAGUUCUACGUAACAUUAAAUAUUCGUAACUAAAUGUGAAAUAAUCCAAGUUAAAGUCUAGAAAAAGAACACUGUCAGGUUUUUAUUAUGAGUUAAACACUGAAAAGCUUCUGUUUCUGCAGCUUCAUGAGGACUGUGUGGGUAUGAUCAGAUGUGAUUGAUAGUGGCCUGCAAACCUACGCAAACAAUCCAACAACCAUCAUAGUAUUGCUAAAUCCUGAUUGGUGCACAGAAAUGUGUGAUAUCAUCUUUAUGUUCACCCACCUCAAACCAGUGAGAGCAGCAACGUUAAAACGGAAAAUACAGAAAAACUCUGUGAAAUAACAAAAACCCUGUUCAGGUUGGAGCCCGUUACUAACAGCAGCUGAUUAACAAAACGGGUUUUCAAGUUGAGUCAGAUACAUGACUUCAUGCAUUAGGUGAAAUUAAAGUAUGAUAAAAGCAUAUUAAGGAAUAUUGGUAAGUCCUCAGUAUGUUGCCACUGUGUUGUCAUUUCAAAAAAGGUCAAAACAGAAGAACAGAUGGAAGCUUUGCUACUGUUGAUAAUCUGAAUGUGUCCCUGAAAAGACCCCCCCCCUCUCUCUCUCCCUUCUGAACUUAACUUCCUCUUUUCUGUCAUGACUUUCUUUCUCCACUUUAUCCUUCCAUUUUUUACCUGUCAGCAUCCCUUUCUGACACCUUUUCUUUUUUCUUAACAUCUGCUCAUUAGUUUUUACUUUACUUCCUGUUCCUUUUCAUCUCUCUCUUCCUUCUCUUCUUUCUCUCCAUUUCUUUCAUAUUCAUUCAUCCACAUUUCCCUUUCCCAGCUACCAUUUAUUUUAUUGUCUCUUUCCUCCCUUUCUUUUCUCUGCUGUCUUCCUUUCUUUUAUUUCCUUGUCUUUUCUUGUUUUUCCUCUUCCCUCUCGCCUCCUGUUAAAGAUGAAAGGAAAGAAGUGUCUUCUGUUGACAAAUGUUCUUGCUAAAUCAAACAGACAAGAAAGCUAACAUACCAAUUUCCUAAAUAAGAGAAUUCCUAAAAAUCUAAAUUGUCAGUUUUCCUGAUUUGGGAGUAAAAAUUAAUUACAACCCAAAAUUGGAUCUGAUUAUAUAAUCUGUGGUACUCGCCCACUGCUUUGUCCUUAGUUCAGUUUCAGAUUGACCCGCCGGUUAGUUUGUUUAUGGUGUUAUGAAGUUCACCAUUACAUAGGCUAUACUGUACAUUGUACAUCCUUGUAUAUACUUGUUAUAAUCCCAUGAAUAAUCAGCCAUUACUGCAGGUUCAUGAGUUUAUGUGAAGGUGAGCUACAUCCCGCAGUAAAAAAUGGAAAACUAUGGUGUGUUCAGUAGAUCAACCAAGAUAUGGCAGAUGAUUAGAUUUGGUUCACAAUGUUUAUCUCUGACUUUUUCCCUCCCAAAUAAGGAGCUCAGGUAGUGGAAUAACCAAUCUGAACUCUUGUUUACCUUCAGAGGAAAAUGUAUGCUUUCUGUCUCUCUUCUUCUUCUCUUCCUCCAAUCCUCCUGUUUCUCCCUUUUCUCCCCCUUUUCCCUGUUUUUCCCCCUCUCGUUCCAGUCAGAUUUCUACAUGCUGAUGUUAAAUAGUCUUUGCUGUUAUUUUUAAUGACUUGUGCGUACUGUGCGAUGAAGGUGAUGAUGCUGACUCCUCUGUCUGCACUGAGAGGGUGCCAGAGGCCUUUACAACACAUGUAAAUAAUCCAAAUAAAAGGUUGGAACUUG